UAUUUAUUUCAGGCCUGUAACAACAGCAUCAUAUUAUUAUAUUCUACGUGUAGUCCAUUAUAUAUUUAAUAUUAAGAAAAUGCUUUUAAAACAAUUCUUAAGAAUAGGCUUGGUUGGAUUUAGUAAAAAAUCGUGUAGGAGUUUUACAAAACAGCCAGAUUUUACCAAAAACACUUACCAAAUUGAGAGAGGAUUUUAUAACUAUUUGCAAGAACCCCAUCUGAACUAUUUCAAAAAGAUCUUAGGAGAUGAUGGAAAUAGAGUAAUUACUGACGAAUCCUUGUUGGAACAUUAUAAUAUAGACUGGUUUAAAAAUGUUAAAGGUUCAAGCAAAGUAGUAUUAAAACCAAAAACCACCGAAGAAGUCUCAAAAAUAGUUUCCUAUUGUAACGCAAACAAACUGGCAGUUUGUACUCAAGGAGGUAAUACGGGAUAUUCGGCAGGUGCUGUUCCUGUUUUCGAUGAAGUCAUUUUAUCGAUGGAGUUAAUGAACCAAAUUCUUGAUAUUGAUGUGAAUUCAGGAAAUGUGGUAUGCCAGUCAGGGAUUGUCUUGGAGAAUUUGGACAAUAUAUUAGCGGAAAAGGGCAUGAUGGUUCCGUUGGAUUUGGGCGCAAAAGGUUCUUGUCAGAUAGGUGGCAAUGUGGCCACAAACGCUGGCGGCCUUAGGCUUGUCAGAUAUGGUAAUAUGCACGGGAAUGUCUUGGGAUUAGAAGUGGUAAAAGCUAACGGAGAGGUACUGGACUGCCUCAAAGUAGUAAGAAAAGACAACAGUGGUCUGCACAUUAAGAAUCUUUUUAUAGGAUCAGAAGGGACAUUAGGCAUAAUCACUAAGGUAGCUCUGAGGUGUCCUAUAAGACCUAAGACGCAGCAUGUCGCAUUUUUAGGGCUACAAAACUAUGAAAAAGUACUGAAAACCCUUCGUAAAUGCCGGCAAGACUUAGACGAAAUAAUAUCGGCUAUAGAAGUGAUGGACAGUUUGAGUUUAGAAUGGGGAGAGCAGCACACAAAAUUGUCUUCACCUAUUGGUCGAUAUCCUUAUUAUUUGUUAAUUGAAACAUCAGGUAGUAACGAACAACAUGACGAGGCGAAGAUUCAGGGAUUUUUAGAGUCUGCUUUGAAUGGUCACUACAUUUUAAAUGGGGUUGUUACUGGAGAACCUAGUAAAGUUAAGUCUUUGUGGGCCAUCAGAGAACGGUUACCAGAAGGAUUUAAAAAUCACGGCUGGGUGGGAAUGUACGACUUGUCAAUGCCAACCGAUCAGUUCUAUAACGUGGUUGAUGAACUUAGGACGUAUUUAAAAAACUCUGCUGAUUACGUGUUUGGAUUUGGUCAUUUAGGUGAUGGGAACCUUCAUUUACACGUUAUAACAAAAAAAUAUGAUAAACGUCUGGAAACAGAUGUGGAAAAAUUCUUGAUGGACAAAAUUCUGCCAAUGAAAGGCAGCAUGAGCUCGGAACAUGGAUUAGGAUUUAUUAAACGAAAAUAUCUGCCUGCAGUAAAUUCUUCUGAAUCUUAUCACUUUAUGACUGAUCUGAAGAAAUUAUUGGACCCUAACAGGAUUCUAAAUCCUUACAAAGUGUUUCCAUAAGUUUAUACAUAAUGCUUGAGCGUUAAUUUUUUAAAUUUAUAUGAGAUUAAUAAGCCAAAUAACAAUCUAUCUUGUAAAACAUUGUACCUAUAUUUAUCUAAUACAGAGUUUAUUUAUAAUAUAACAAAAAAAAAUUA